CUUACACUCUCUAUCUCCCUUGUCGCCUGUCACUGUCCUUUCAAAAUGAGCGCCCAGGCAUACUACGAGCUUUACCGCGGGAGCAGCCUUGGACUCUCCCUUACCGACACGCUCGAUGACCUGAUCAACGAAGGCCGGAUUGAGCCGCAACUGGCCAUGAAGAUUCUCUCCACCUUCGACCGAAUCAUCACCGAGGUGCUCGCGGAUAAAGUGCGGGCUCGGCUCACGUUCAAGGGUCAUCUCGAUACCUACCGAUUCUGCGACGAAGUGUGGACCUUCCUCAUCAAAGACGUUACCUUCAAACUCGAUAACCAGACUACCGUGUCGGCGGAUAAGGUGAAGAUCGUGAGCUGCAACAGCAAGAGGCCUGGGGAGGCGUGAAUGCGAAGAGAAAGGCUACGAGAUUUGUCUCGGCUGACACUUUCUUUUCUGGUUCUUGUCCACCUGUCAUCGGACGGCGUUAUGCGAUCAUUGUUCUCUUCUUGUGGAUUAUUUAUUUCUUUUUCUUACGCUGGGAUAUCGCAUGCUGAUUAAUAUGGGGUUAUGACUUCACUUUCGGCGUUUCAGGUCAGCAUGAGAGUUGUGUUACAUACUUUAUGUGGAGGUUAGAAUAGAUUGAAAUCAGAUACCCGAUUCGCAC